CAACUGCCCUUUCCCACACCCCCCAAAACCCCCCCUCAAAUCAUCAAAAUUGUGUUUGUUAUUGUCUAACAAAAAUACCUUUCUCCGAUUAUCAACAGUUUUGCUGGAGCAUUCAUCCAGACAUCUGGCCCCUAUCACGAACCCCUUCGCGAGUCCUCCGAAACCGAUUGACAAUUUGUCAUUAAAGGAAAUAUUUAAUUUAAAUAUUUUUUAAUGAAUAUUCCCCAUGUGCAUCGAGACCAAUUAGUGAUUAUUAUAAUUCAAUUGUUGGGGUGUUACAGUGGAAUAAUCGACUGUUUUCUGCCUAUCGAUAGCGAAAGGAAAGGGGCAGUCCAACGUCUAAGAAGUAAGAGGGGAAGACAAAUUAACAAGCAAAUUAAUUAGUUAAUGACGAUGUGAAAAAUAGUGGAAAAAUGUCUGCACAAAGGCGCCUUGAAAAAAAUCAUUUCACGUUGAAAUUAAGUUCACAUCCCCCAAAUGCAAAGCACGUGGUGCACUGGUUCAGAAGAGGAUUACGACUGCAUGAUAAUCCAUCUCUGAGAUGUGGCCUCAACGAGGCCUGCACAUUUAGAUGUAUUUUUGUGAUCGAUCCCUGGUCGGCAGGAAGCAAGACUAUCGGUAUCAAUAAGUGGAGGUUUUUACUCCAGUGCUUAGAGGACCUGGACAUCUCAUUAAGAAAAUUAAAUUCUCGCCUCUUUGUAAUAAGAGGUCAACCAGCUGACGCCCUUCCAAAACUAUUCCGCGAAUGGGGAACAACACAUUUGACUUUCGAAGAAGAUCCGGAGCCUUUUGGUCGGGCGCGAGAUUACAAUAUCACAACCUUGUGCAAGGAACUGAGCAUCACCGUCGUAUCCGUCGCCUCGCACACACUCUACAAAUUGGAUAAAAUACUCGAGAAAAAUAAUGGAAAGGCUCCUCUGACCUAUCACCAGUUCCAAAACAUCGUCGAGGGAAUGGAGCCUCCGGAUGCACCAGUGUCAACUGUAACCGUGGAAACCAUUGGCACCGCUUACACUCCGAUACAGGACGAUCAUGACGACAUUUAUGGAGUACCACUUCUCGAAGAAAUUGGGUUCGAUACUGAGGGCCUACAGCCUCCAGUAUGGGUGGGUGGAGAAAGUGAAGGACUUCUACGACUCGAACGUCACCUGGAGCGAAAGGCCUGGGUAGCGAGCUUUGGCCGACCUAAGAUGACACCCCAAUCUCUACUCCCAAGCCAGACAAGUCUGUCGCCCUACCUGCGCUUCGGCUGUCUCAGUACACGACUCUUCUACUAUCAACUUCGAGAUCUCUACAAAAAAAUUAAAAAAACAAUGCCACCUCUUUCGCUGCACGGCCAACUGCUGUGGCGGGAAUUUUUCUACUGUGCAGCAACGAAAAAUCAAAAUUUCGAUCGGAUGCAGGGAAAUCCAAUCUGUCUUCAAAUACCCUGGGAAAAAAAUCCUGAGGCAUUAGCUAAAUGGGCGAACGGGCAGACGGGGUUUCCAUGGAUCGAUGCAAUAAUGACACAGCUGAGGGAAGAAGGGUGGAUUCAUCAUUUAGCUCGUCACGCAGUUGCCUGCUUCCUGACUAGAGGAGAUCUGUGGAUUUCCUGGGAGGAAGGGAUGAAGAUUUUUGAUGAGUUGCUGCUGGAUGCCGAUUGGUCAGUCAAUGCUGGCAUGUGGAUGUGGCUGUCUUGCAGUUCAUUUUUUCAACAAUUUUUCCAUUGCUACUGUCCAGUGAGAUUCGGCAGGAAAGCCGACCCCAAUGGGGACUAUAUCCGACGAUAUUUACCGAUUCUCAAAAACUACCCCACCCGUUACAUCCAUGAGCCAUGGAUAGCACCCCUGAGUGUUCAGCGUGCGGCAAAAUGCGUCGUUGGACGGGAUUACUCACUGCCAAUGGUGAACCAUGGACAGAGUUCCAGAAUCAACAUUGAGAGAAUGAAACAAGUUUACCAGAAGUUGGCUAAGUACCAGAACAAUGGAAAAAUGGAGGAAGUGAUAACGAAGGUACACGCCUGCCUCAUCUCAGCAAGAGGGGGUGUUACCCUGGACAACCUGAACCGCGAUUACAUGUCCCUCGAAGACGAGUAUAUCCCCUAUCGUAAACUGGGCUAUUCAAGUCUAGACAGUUUCAUUUCGAAGAUACCUAGUCUGCGUCUCUACCAGCGAGGUGGUACGACGUACGUCGAGGUGAAGAUCACCGAGAAGACAUCAGAACUGGCGCAAUUAAUAAGCAAACAAAGAGCUCCUCGGAAGAGACGAACAGCGUUGCGAAUGCCCUCGCGAAAGCCCACCCUCAGCAACGUAACUCUGAGAAACAAUUCAAAACCACCUCCAAGGGUCCUACCACAUUUAUCGAGACCCCAGGGCUCCCUCCAAAGGCCCCAAAGGCCUCACUCAACCUCAGUGACAAUUUACCCCGCAAAACAUCCCGAUCAGCCCACAAUCGGUGCAAAAUCCCAGCAGAUGCUCCACCAACGUCUUCCAAAUUCCAGACAGUCCCCUCAGUCACUCCACACCCGUCCUAAGUCCCCCCCAGAGCCCCUCCCGAAGCUCAUCGUCCCCCAGGGCCCUGCGAAGCCAUCGAAAAGCCCACAGACAGCUCCUAUCCCCAACGAAACUGCUGAUCGUCAGGUGAAACGACAAACUAGCAUGCCCCAGCUGGUAUCAGCAUCCUCCAAGACUUCCAAAGCAAUUCCACACCUGAAGGUCGCGAGACCCUUGAGUGAUCGACUUCGAAGAUCCCCCGAACGAAAAGUAACGAUCGUCACCGAGCUCCAGACGUCUGAUCCCCCCAGUCUGACACCACCAGCUCCAACAAGUCCAGCUGCUGACAUCACCGACCCUAGGGAAGAGCUCAAGAUCCUCGUGAAAAGACUCCAACUGAGUACUGGUGAUCCUGAAUACAAAAAUCUUCCGAAUAAACCGAAGAACGGAAGAACCAGUUACUUCAGUCAAGUUCUGGUUGGCAAGCACAAGUUCAACAGCUAUCCCCUGGAGGCUGGCACACCCGAGGAAGCUGAAAAACUCUCGGCAUCGUCAGCUCUUCAUCAACUUCACAGACUUUAUGGACCUCCCAUCAAGAUGAGGAUAACUAUGGACAGAGAUAUGAUGCUACAGAGGCUUAUCGCCAUAGUCGAUGUUCAUCCAAGUGGUGUCUUCGAGGAGAAACUCCCCGUGUUCUACAUGGACAAGCACAAUGAGACACUUCCCGACGACUGGAUGAACUUCGUGGAGAGGUGCAAUGAGCUGUCAGUGGAGAGAGGAGUGGAGAAUGCUGCCAUAAUCUGCAAAAGUGAUUCUGGCAUUGAGAAGAGUAUUUUCACCCCACCUCCAACCCCUUCAGCACCUCGAAGGGCACUUCCCCAUUCAAAUCCUCCCCCCAGUCUUCCUCUUAUGGUUCUUCCAGUUGAUAAUCUGUGGCCAGUUUAUGUUUCUCACGUCGCUAGCACCAGCGAAAUCUGGAUUCGUUUGCUCGAGGAUAAGACAACUGAGCAGUUCUACGCCAUGUGCCAGGAGAUGUUCAAGCACUUCUCCAGCUGCUCCCCGAGUCUCUGCCAGGUUCAGCCCCUUCACUACUACGUGACGAAGGUGGAAGAGGAGUACCAGAGGGUCAGGGUGGAAUACGUCGAGGAGUCUGGUCUUGCUGAGUGUUUCUUUCUUGAUACGGGUGAGGAAGAUGUUAUCGAUACGUCUCUACUCUGGGCAAUACCAGUGGAGUUUCUUCGGGUACCUGCUCAAGCCAUCAGAGCUUCACUCUCCAGGCAUGAGGAGGUACCUCCCUGCAGCACCACCACUCAAGUCACCAGGGAGAUGCUCGUGGACAGGGCUUUGUAUGUCCAGGUCUUGAAUCGGGAGGUUGAUAGCACCAGUCAUGCUAUUGUUGGAGUAUUCUAUGAUACUUCCUCGGAAACUGAUGAGGAGAUGAAUGAGAAAAUUGUCACUGAGGUACUCAGGGUGAUGCAGUCCAAUCAGUUGGAGGUUCUGCUUGAAAUCAAGGGGAAACUGCUGGAGGUUUUUAUCUCCCAUAUUGAAUACAAUGGAGAUGUUUCCAUUCAGGUGAAGAACGAUGGAUUCAUCAUUCUCAAUGGGAUGAUGAAGGGCCUCGUCGAGUCGACUCUGAAUGACGAGGAGAGAGUGAAGAAGGCGAGGGUGGCAGGUGCUCUCGAGCCAAACGAACUUUAUCUUACUCAGAAGACUGAUGGAACGUGGGUGAGGGUCCAGGUGGCUUUUCCCGGGCCUACAAACUCCAAACUGAGGAUGGUAGACUUUGGGGGGCUGAUGAAUCCUGAUAGGAAUAAAUUGCUUCGGCUCAGGGACCUCUCGGAGGCCAUCGCCAAGUUUCCAUCGCAGGCCAUUCAGGUGGAGCUCAAUAAUGUCAGGAAGAAUAAAUUCUCGGAGUCUUCUGCUGCUAGACUGAGACAUCUUGCUCCACCUACGCAACUUCUACUCUGCAAAGUCGUCCAGGUGAGGGAGUACAGCAGGUUAGCUGUGGUGGAGCUGUUUAAACGUUCCGAACCUGAUCAUCUCCUGAUAUCCAUUAACAAUACUCUGGAUCUGGAGUCUGAACUAUCGAAAAAUGGAGAUGGGAACAACAAUAUCAAGCCCAGAAAACGAAUGGAGAGAACCAUCUCCAAGUCCACAACUGGAGAGGAGUCUCCGAGGAGACUGAAGGAGCCCAGGAUUCCAGGACUUGGGGAACUGUUCGAGGUACAUGUGACAAACUCUGCAGCCAAUCCUGGAAAUUUCAUUGUUCAACCUGUUGACACCAGGGAGAGACUGGACUGCAUGAUGAAGAGCAUGCAGAAGACCUAUGCUGGGAUUGGCAAGGUCGGUGUUGAGGUCAAUCAGGAGAGCAUUUAUGCUGUUCAGGAUGACGAUGGACUCUGGUACCGAGCUUAUCUCGACAAGAUCAUUGGGGAGCAACAGGUGACAGUUUAUCUCGCUGAUUUUGGGAUGAUUCGUCUCGUCGGGGUGGAACAGCUGCAGCUACUGAAGAAGGAGUUUUUCGAGCUUCCUUAUCAGGCGAUCAAGGCCAAACUUGACGGUGUUCAUCCAAAACAUGGAGACUGGUCCCUAGACUCCUGCCUGAGAUUUCAGGAGCUAGUGGUGAACCGGGAUUUCGUACUGAAGAUCAAGAAAUUUGAGCAGGACAACUCGGCUCACAAUGGUUUCGUCCUGGGUGUCGAGCUCAUCGACGUUUCCUCCAAGGACGUGGACAUUAACAUCAACAAGCUGUUGAUCGACGAACACUGGGCGAUUCCACAUGCCCAGUGAAGGACCAUCAGAUAUUUAUUUUUAUUUUCAUACGUUUCACAUAUAUAUUUACAUAUAUACUCAGUAUUGUGAGUUAAGAACAGGGUCUGGUACCUUUACAACUACUUCUCCUAUUUUUUUACGAGUUUCGAAAUUAAAUGCUGAGUUGUAGAGGCCAUAUAUCGUUAGUCAAACUGCCAUCGGCGUGAGAUUGAUAAAAAAAUUGAGUUUUAGGACGUUUACGCCAUUUUCUCACGUUUGGAAAGAUUUCUGGAUCGUUUGUACUCGUAUCAAUGUGGGAUGAAGACGUUUAUUCUUUUUUGCUAUUAAGGUUUUUAUGGCGUCAUCGGGGGGAAUAAAAUAAUGUUAAUUCAACUAGCAUCUUAUUAAUAAUUGAAAUCAUGUUUUUAGACUAGAAACAUCGUAGCAAAUAUAGUAAUUUUUAAAGUGCCAAUUGAACUGAAUUGGGGUUCAAUAAAAUACUGAUUAUUCAAUCAUUCUGUCUACAUUACCGACCGAGCGAAAUGUAGAAAAAAAUUCUGACUUUACCACUUUCUUUAAUCAAGCUUAUGUAUACAUAGGUGAGAAGAAAUUAUUUUCAUUGUUACAAUAAUGGUCGGUUGUUGCCGAUUUUGACGUCGUUUUGAAAUACUUUGAAGAAUGGAUUUCCAAAAAUUAUCAAUUUCUUAAUUUUUUAAUGAUUCUCUCUUAUCACGUCAUAAUUACGUUAAUCAUGGAGGCUGUGUCGAGGAAGAUAAUUGUACUGAAAGUUACAAAGACUAUAAAAGAAUAUAUCUUUAGAGUAAAUAAAUCUAUUAGAAAUAAGUAGAAAUUGAUUUCGUUACAAUAUUAAAUACAAUUAUUUUGAAAAAUAUUUCUAAAAAGCUUUCUGUUCUAUAUUUUUGUUUAAAGAUUUCAUUCUCGGCUGUGCCUAGUUAGAAUUAGUAAUUCUGCAGGCCUAUUUUUUAUAUUAAAUGAAAUAUGAAGUUUUCUAACUCGUUAUUUAAUAAUUAAAGAAACAAGGAAUGUUGUAAUUUACUAUAGAAGUUGAGAAUAAAGUCUUCCAUUUGUAUAUGAAA